AUCGCCAUCGCGCUCGGCUUCCUCGUGCUCCUCGCCGCGAUCCUCCUCGCCUACCACUUCUGCUGCCGCCGCCGCGCCGCGGCCCACCACCACCACCACCACCAGGGCGCGCAGCAGCAGCAGCAGCAGCAGCAGCACCACUCCGGCCGCCACGGGGCCGCCUCCUCCUCCGCGUCCAGCUCGGGCCACAUCUCCAUCACCGUGCCGCGCUUCGUGUUCGUCGCCGAGGACGACUCCCCGGGCUCCUCCUCGCGGGGCGCCACCGGGUCCACCCCCGUCGGCCUCGACCCCGCCGUGAUCGCCUCCUACCCCAAGGCGCCCUUCGCCCGGGCUGCCGCCGCCGGCGAGCUCGCCUGCUCGAUCUGCCUCUGCGAGUACCGCGACGGGGAGAUGCAGCGCAUCAUGCCCGAGUGCCGCCACCGCUUCCACCUCAUGUGCCUCGACGCCUGGCUGCGCCGCAGCGCCUCCUGCCCCGUCUGCCGCAACUCGCCCAUCCCCACCCCCGUCACCACCCCGCUCAACACCCCGCUCUCCGAGAUCGUCCCGCUCUCCCAGUACGCCGCCGACCGCCGCCGCCACAGGUGACCUGACAGAUUUACUCCAUUUCUUAGCACCAUCUGCUGCCGCCGCUGCUGCUGCUGGUUGUCAGGAAUGGGAUUCGACUUGAUUAUUUAGAGAGAUCGUCAGGUGAGGUUUCGCUAAUCUGCGGGGUUACUUAGGAGUAUCUUCAAAUUGUUCAGCUAGAACAGCGCAAGUUUUGCAGUAGAUCGAUGGACCGAGGCUGGCAGACAAGCUGUGUAAAUACAUUGUUCCUCCGUUCCAAUAUAGCUUAUAUCGACUGAUGUUACCUGUUGCCAUACAGUACUUGUAUGUGGAUGGUUAGUUACCAAACCGCUAUUCCGGUUAUAUGAUUGGUCAAUUUCAUGGUACAUUACAUCUGUGUUGGUUAUCUUAAAUAUAGCUCUUGUUGUCGUUA